GUGUGAACUUCUCAGAGCUGUUGUGUUCGUUUUUCCGUCCUCUUUCUACCUUUUUGUUUCCCGGCCUGGUGCCAUCUUAAUUCAGUUCUUUUUACUAUUACCAAAUCCUCGUAGCCGGUCUACACUCCCAGAACGUAAUCUUCAGCUCUACUUGCUCAACACAACACCAAACGAACUCGACAAUAUCGCAUAAUCGACUUUCGUAAACGAUCUUUCUACCACUUCAUCAGCAAUCACUUCGUCGUUCAUCCAUUAGCUUGGCCAGAACGCAUCACAAGACUCUUCAGUCAUCAUAAUUCAACUACCACCGAAAGUUUAAGAUCGAAACCUCAAUCAAAAUGGCCGCUAUCCAGCUUAACUUCACUCUCCGCACUUCCGCCAACUGCAAGACUGUCCACCUUCUCGGCUCCUGGGACGGCUACCAGGGCCAGCUUCCCCUCUCCAAGGACCCCAAGAAGACCGGUGGUUGGGUCGGCUGCUUCAAGUUCCAGGGUGCCACCCUCAAGCAGGGCCAGCGCUACUGGUACUACUACAUCAUUGACGGCUACCACGUCUCCCACGACCCCGCCAAGGACCACACCACCGAGCCCACCACCGGCCGCAAGCUGAACAUCAUCGACAUCCCCUCCAAGAGCGCCGCUGCCCCCGCCAAGUCCUCCAGGGAAUCCCGCCGCGCGUCCCAGAACAUCCCCAAGGGUCGUGGUGUCUCCCCCAGCCGCAUCGUUGCCCCCAAGCCCCAGCGCCCCGGCCAGACCCGCCAGGUCAUCAACACCCAGUACAACCAGACCACCCUCGAGGAGCUCAACCGCCGCUUCGCCAGCCAGGACAUCAACUCCGAGUCCGAGGACGAUUCCGACUCUGAUGCCGACUCCGACGUUCCCUCGCUCACCUCUUCGCGUUCCUCCGGCAGCUCCUCGCCAUCCAGCGUCAGCUCUGGUAGCUCCUGCUGCACAUGCGAGCGCUACGGAAUCACACGCAAGGGUGACCGCGUCAAGCUCGACUGCGGAGGUGCCCGCUGCCAGUUCUCCGACGAGUCUGACGAGUGCAGCUCCGAGGACGAGUACGUCUACGAGCAGAAGCAGACCCGCCGCCAGGGUGUCAUCAUCCGCAACUAAGCGACUCUCUCACCCGACAAGUCCAAGUGCAACCACCACACACCACACUGUUACGACCAUUCUACGCCUUUCGAUUUUUAAUUCUUUCUGUGCAUAUUUGAUGACCCUUUUACGAUUUGAUCUUGUUUGUCCGAACGCUCUUUUUGGAAGACGCGCUUUUAUUGCUGCUGGUACUGAAGUACGGAGGAGGCGAGUUGGGAAGACGGCAUUUAUGCCUCAGACGAACAGACUAGCAAACAUCGCGAUGGAGCCACAGCUCAUCGAACCCUGAUGUUAGAGAAGACACGCUCAUGUAGAUAUGAUCAAUUACAUGGCUCGUGAUAUAUUCA